AUGGCAUCGGUGUUGUCAUCCUUCUUCCAACGGGAUCCGAAGUCCCAAUUCCCAUAUGACAUUCCUGGAGCAGAAGAACACUUUUUCGAUCGAGUUUCGAUCGGAAAUAGCUUUAAGAAAGCUGAACCCGGUGAACUCGCAACAAUCUUCUGGGACAACCGAAGUUCAACGUUAAAACAACAAGCACAAAAGCUGAAAACCAUGCGCCAUCCUAACAUUAUCACUUAUUUAGAUAGUAUUGAACUAGAAGGAACUUUCUACCUCGUCACGGAAAAAUGUAAACCACUGGAGCUGUAUUUAAAGGAAGCCGGUCUCACUGAAAGCCAAAAAGAAUUUGUUGUUUCCUGGGGAAUGUUUCAGUUAUUAAACGCUCUAAAAUUUAUGCACGAAGCUAAACUAAGUCACGAAAAUCUGCGUAAAGGAGUAUUUGUAACAGCCGGAGGAGAUUGGAAAAUUGGUGGACUUCAUUUGGUCACUGGAUUCACUAGUCCACAGACAGAUUUAAAUCAAUUAGCAAUUGUUUUAUGGGAAGUUUUCAAUGGAUUCAAUGACGCUAUCACAAGACCACAGGCUCCAGGGAAGAUACCACAACGGAUACACGAAUUAUACAAAAAAAUUGGAGCACAAUCAGCUGCACGACUUGCAGUUUGUGAUAUUAUUAAAGAAUAUCGACUCACUGGGGGAUACUUGAAGAAUAAAUUCGUGGAUACUCUACUUUUCCUGGAAGAAUUCGAACUGAAGGAAGCUAGCGAAAAACAAUCGUUCUUCAUGCAUCUUCGAGAAAAUAUUGAUAUCUUCCCAGAAGACGUAGCAAAAUAUAAAAUUCUUCCAAAACUUAUUCUUACCUAUGAAUAUGGAGAUGCAGGACCGAAUAUUUUAAUUCCUCUGUUCAAACUUGGACGUCUUCUUGAUGAAGCAGAAUAUCAGAGAACAAUUGUUCCAUGUUUGUGCAAACUUUUUGGCAGUCCAGAUAGAACUACAAGAGUCAAGUUGUUAGAAAGAAUCGAUGAAUUUGCACCUCAUUUGACUCCACAAAUUUUGAACGACAAAAUAUUUGGAAAUUUAACAUCUGGUUUCUUGGACACAAAUCCAGCAGUUCGCGAAAGUACAGUCAAAGCAAUGGUUUCAUUGGCAGAGAAACUCAACUACAAUAAUUUAAAUGUCGAAUUGAUGAAGUAUCUUGCCCGUUUACAAGGAGGAGAUGAGCAUGGAGGUAUUCGAACCAACACUACCAUUUGCCUCGGGAAGAUCGGACACCUGAUUGCACCUGCUAAACGACAAGGAAUAUUAAUAAGCGCAUUUACUAGAGCUCUGAAGGAUCCGUUUGCACCAUCAAGAAUGGCUUCAGUUCUAGCGCUUUCUGCAACUCAACAGUUCUAUCCACUCGUUGAAAUUUCCAACCGAAUUGUUCCGAGUCUCAUUCCGUUGACUUGUGAUCCUGAAAAACAAGUUAGAGAUCAAGCAUUCAAGGCUAUUCGUGGAUUCCUUGAAAAACUUGAAAAAGCAUCUGAAAAUCCAGCUUGCAUUCCUGAACUCGAAGCUGGAGUUAAAGCCGGAGCAAGUUCUAUUCUGGACCACGAGAAAGUUCCACAAUGGGCAAGUUGGGCUCUCAAGUCAUUAUCUGGAAAGUUUUAUAAGGGACCACCUCCAGCAGAAGUCAAACCAGGAGCGCCAGCUACUGCUGAUACUUCCUCAAGACCAGUAACACCUAACCCAACGGCGGAGAAAGAAAAAUCAAGCACAGUUCUCAAACCAACCCCUGCUAAACCUGCAACAAAUGAUGGUUGGGGAGAUUUAACAGAUGGAGGAGAUAUGUUCGCAGUGAAGGAUUCAAAUGAUUCUGCUAUUGAUGAUUGGGCUGAUAUCAACACGAAGUCUAAUGAUGCUGAUGACUGGGGAGUUGGUUGGGAUACUCCAAUAGCAACUGCCACAUCAUCUCCCAUUCCUGGAGUCAAAAAGUCAUCAUCUAGUUCGUCUGCAGCCGCGAAGAAGCCAACAAUUGGACGAUUAAACUUAGGAUCGAAUCUGGCAGGAUCAUCUGCUCAGAAACAAACCAAAAAAGCUAUUGAUGACAAUAUUGAUGCACUUCUCGGAAUAUCAGCACCUCCAGCUGCGGGAUCUUCAGUCAAGCCGAAUUCGCUGAAUGCUCUCAUGAACAAUUCUUCCUCUUCUACAAAUACUGGAUGGGGAUUCGAUGAUCCUUUACCAACAACUAAUAAUUCAUCAGCUAACAAAGGAUGGGACGAUGAUGGAUGGGGUGAUAACAGUAUGUCAAGCAAUGUGCUUCAGCCAACUGCAGUACUCCAACCAACGAAAAUGAAGGAUGAUAAAGAUGCUCGUCGAGCCGAGAUGCAGGCUAGAAAUGAAGCUCGUCGCAAAGAACAAAUGGAUCGCAAAAAAUCUGCCGGAGCAAUGAAAUUGGCAUCUGUAGAAAAGAAAAUGGACGAUUUUGCUGACUGGUAACAAGAAACUCGCUUCGUUUUGUAGUAGAGAUCACCCUACUUGUAUUUCACAUUUUUGUAAUUAAAACUGUUUUAUUCGACCCCAUUUGUAUCAAAUCCUAACAAGGGAAGUCUUUGAGGAGGUCCGUAGAUUUGGGGUUCUCAUGCUAAAAUUCCUACAGAAGAGUGUUAGUUAUGAUCUCUCCAAAAAAUUUAGCUGCCCCGGUCAAGUUUCAGCAAAGUUAUGACGUUUUGAAAUUUCAGUUAAAAACACCAUUGAAAUCCACUGUCUUACCAUGCAAUCCACGCAAAUCUCAGCUUGCGUGACCACCGAAAAUGUGACACCCACCACAUUGAGUUGAAAAAUGUCCUCGGUGGCCGAGUUGGGAGUGCGCGCGUCUGAUAAGAUUUAGGCUUUGGUUCGAUUCCUUCUAUUUUUGAAAUAUUUUUGUAAGUUGAAUAAAGUUUUAAACAACCUAUUCAAACAUUUUUGCGCCUUUUUAAAGUGAUUUUAUUCUUAUUCGGGAACCUAGAAUCAUUGUCCGCACUUUUUGGAAAUUUUUAUUUUUUUCAUUUUUGCUCAAAAUUUCUUGAUCAACUCCAAGCAAAAAAAUCAAAAAAUUUCAUUUUUCUAAACAAUUAUGAAAUUGCUAUGUUGUUGUUCAGAAAUGUAUGAAACGUACAUUACACAAGUUUUAACUCUCUAUUCGCAAGUAAACCGUCGAAAUGAUCUACAUCUCACGAACUUUGUGCAAAAUAUUUAACCAACUUUGAAGUUGCAUAACUUCGUUGAGAUAAAUUAUUGUGAAAAAUGAUCAACUAACAAAAUGUUUGUUGAAUAACAGUGAACAAAGUUUUAGUUAUAAACUUUUUGAUACCUUCAGCCACCAAAAAGUUGUGACCGUUUUCCAAAACACAAUGUUAAUAGAAAAACUAGCCAAAUGCCAACCUUGUUUUCUUCUUUGUAGCUGGAGGUAUCAAAAAGUUUAUAACUAAAACUUUGUUCACUGUUAUUCAACAAACAUUUUGUUAGUUGAUCAUUUUUCACAAUAAUUUAUCUCAAUGAAGUUAUGCAACUUCAAAGUUGGUUAAAUAUUUUGCACAAAGUUCGUGAGAUGUAGAUCAUUUCGACGGUUUACUUGCGAAUAGAGAGUUAAAACUUGUGUAAUGUACGUUUCAUACAUUUCUGAACAACAACAUAGCAAUUUCAUAAUUGUUUAGAAAAAUGAAAUUUUUUGAUUUUUUUGCUUGGAGUUGAUCAAGAAAUUUUGAGCAAAAAUGAAAAAAAUAAAAAUUUCCAAAAAGUGCGGACAAUGAUUCUAGGUUCCCGAAUAAGAAUAAAAUCACUUUAAAAAUGCGCAAAAAUGUUUGAAUGAGUUGUUUUACAACUUUAUUCAACUUACAAAAAUAGAAGGAAUCGAACCAAAGCUUAAAUCUUAUCAGACGCGCGCACUCCCAACUCGGCCACCGAGGACAUUUUUCAACUCAAUGUUGUGGGUGUCACAUUUUCGGUGGUCACGCAAGCUGAGAUUUGCGUGGACUGCAUGGUAAGACAGUGGAUUUCAAUGGUGUUUUUAACUGAAUUUUCAAAACGUCAUAACUUUGCUGAAACUUGACCGGGGCAGCUAAAUUUUUUGGAGAGAUCAUAACUAACACUCUUCUGUAGGAAUUUUAGCAUGAGAACCCCAAAUCUACGGACCCCCUCAAAGACUUCCCUUGUAAGUACAUCAAACAAUUUCCUGUGAUUCUAUCCAUUAACGUAUUCUAUUCAUGUUUUUCUUUCUUUUUCUCAUUUCCUUCGCUUCCAAACAAAAAUUGCUCGCAUUUCAUGUUCUUUCUUUUCAAAAAAAUUAUGAUGGUUAAAAUAAAACUUUAAAAAAUGUA